CCACAGUUACUGUACCCGCCAGAAUUCAAAAACCCUUUAUGUUUCAACAUUAUAAUUGCAUAAUUAAAAAAACAAUCAAUCAAGAGAUUAAAUAUCAAUUACCAGUCAGCUAUCUCUUUGCCUCCUGGACAAUUAAGGGCCAAAGUGACAUUUUAACUUUUUAAAAAAAAAUCCUUUCUUUUGCCCUCAUUUUGUGUCAGAGAAAGAGGGAUUUGCAGUUGAAGAAGCAGUUGCUGCUUGCUCUCUCUAUCUCAGCUUUGCUUACUUAAGAAACAAAAACCAGAGGGAAGUUAGGCCAACGGUUAGCUAGCUUCUCUCCAUACUAGCCUAUUCCCUUGGACUCAAAGCAAAGCUAUUUUGGCUUUUGCAGUUGAUUCUUGGUCACCAUCUGAAACCCAACCUUCAUCUUCCUGUCAUAUUCUCCCAACCCCUCAAUCUGCUUCUCUUUCUUUAUUCUACAACCUUUCUACUUACACUUCUCUUCUGAGUGUCUUGUGCUUAUUCAAGUCCUUGCUUAAAUACCCUCUUGAGUUUCUCAAGUUUUGUUGUGCUUUGGGGAUCUUUGUUUCCGGUUCUUUGUUAAGCCAAAGAUUCGACGAUAAAGGCCCUUUUUUUCUUUUAUAUCAGGCUUAUUUCCGAAUACCCUUUUCAGUUUUUUAACUCUUUGAUUUCUUUGUUUUGAGAGAUUUUGGAGCUGGGGCAAGUAACCAUGAUUUACGUUUGAAGGUUGAGAUUUUCAUUGCAUAGAAUUCUGGGAUUUCAAGAAUUGCAGCUAACAGGCUCUAGUAUUUGGUCCUACCACUCAGCUCUGCUGGUAUUUGCAUUUUUGCCUCACUGAAAUCUCAUGAUCAUCUAAAGCUUUCAAUUAGAAUCUAUUUUCAAUCCAUUCGUGUGAUUCCCAAUACAAUAUCUGUGAUUUACCAUACUAUCGGUCACAUAGAAUUCAUGCUGGUCUUCCGUUUCCGGUUAAUUCCAUUUAACUCUCGUAUGAGAUCAUGCUAUAGCUUGAUUACUAAAUCUUGUACUUUUUCACCAAACCAGUCUUUUUUCCAUUUUUGAGCAGUUGAAUGCUCAAAUCCUAAAAUUUAUACCUUUAAUAUUCCCAAAUGAAUACCCGGUAUUUCUCUCCAUUAGACUCGUUGUGUAAUUCUGGUACCACAGUUUCAUUUUCAGCAAAUUCUGCAAUCGGUGAAGAUCGUGGCCCUGUGAUCACCAGAAGCAGGUCUUCUCGUACUCCGCCAUCUACUUUCUUGAUUAGAAUGGCAAUGAGGAUAUCAAGAGCAAGGUGGUUCAUCUUCUUGAGAAGAGUAUUCCACUACCAGAAUGGUUCAAGAUCCAAUCUUGGGUCUAAUCCUUUCAAUUCUAGCACUUGGAUGAUGCUGGAGUUUAUAGCUUUGAUUGUUCAAAUAACUAUGACCACAUUCACUUUGGCAAUUUCGAAGAGGGAGAAACCUGUUUGGCCUAUGAGAAUAUGGAUUGUUGGUUAUGAUAUUGGCUGUCUCCUUAGCCUGCUGCUAAUCUAUGGGCGCUACCGGCAAGUUAAUGCGACUCAGGGAGAUGGUUUUGGCCUUUCUGAUUUGGAGCAGCAGAGGGGCAGUGACGACUCCAGUUUAUUCAGGUGCUCUCAUCUGACGAACAAAUGCCGGACUUCACUGGAGCUAUUUUUUGCAAUAUGGUUUGUGAUGGGUAAUGUUUGGGUCUUUGAUUCUCGCUUUGGAUCUUUCCACCGAGCUCCCAAACUCCAUGUGCUCUGCAUCUCUCUGCUCGCUUGGAAUGCUCUGAGCUACUCAUUUCCUUUUCUACUGUUUCUGCUGCUAUGUUGUUGUGUGCCACUCAUUAGCAGCAUUCUUGGUUACAACAUGCAUAUGGGGUCUGCUGAAAGAGGGGCAUCUGAUGAUCAAAUCUCCAGUCUACCAAGCUGGAAAUAUAAAGCAGUCGAAACCAAUUCGGAGUUUGGCACUGGUGUUGAUUGCAAUUCAACCCUUGCAAAUGAAGAUCCAGAAUGCUGUAUUUGCCUAGCCAAGUAUAAAGACAAGGAAGAAGUGAAGCAAUUGCCAUGUUCCCAUAUGUUUCACCUCAAGUGUGUAGAUCACUGGCUCAGAAUUAUAUCUUGUUGCCCACUUUGUAAACAAGAACUUGAGAGAUAGACAAGAAGACAAAAAUGGCAAGCUGAAGUUUUUAUUAGGGAUUUUUUUUCCCUUUUUUUCCUUUCUUUCCUAUUUCUUAUGUAUUUACAUGAUUCUAUCUCUCUUUCUUUUGAGUUAUGUAUUUACAUGGUUACUUGAGCGAGUGAUUUGCUUGUACAGUGGAGCUCACCAGUAACCACAACACCAUACCUAUCGUUAGUAUAUAUGUGAGGAAAAUGAUGGUGGAUUGCUUGCUUCCUAAGGUUAGCAGAGUCCAUUAGUCCUUAAGAAUACCCCAAAUUCUGCAUUUGAUUGUUUACACUGUAAUACAUAUUUUCAAUACACGUACAUGAAAUUAAAUAUAUAUAUUGAUCAGUAUA